CAUCCCAGGCGGCGCGGGAAGCCCCAUCUGGCGGCGGCGGCGGCGGUCUCGGCGGCACCAUGUCGGGGGACUUCGGGACGGGCAAGACAAUAUUCGUUUUAGCCAUAGUAGUGGGCUGUUUCGCGGUGCUAUGGCCCAAGAUAUUCUACCCAAUGCUUACAGCCUCCGUUAAGCAGCCACCCUCCGCGAGACAAGCUGGGAAACAUGAGCCUGUGAAACAUGAGCACAGCUGGAGGAGCUCAGCCAAUGUAGAGUUCCUGACCAAGCUUUGCUACCUGGUGGAGGAACACUAUGGUGGGGAGAGCCGGUGGACGGAAGGCAGGUGUGGGGAGGAUCUGUGGCAGCACUGCGGCCACACCCUCUCCGAGCCCCUGCUGGAGGCUGUCAGGCUGGGCAAAGACAAGACCAACCUGACAGAGUGCCUCGCCUCGGCCUAUGGCUUGACUCCUGCCGUGGUGGCGGCUGCGGCGCCUCCCAAAGUGCGGCCACGGCCAUACCUCGCCCAGGGUCCCCAUACCCGGCCGGAGCGCCCCGCCCACCUGUACCCUGAGAUGGUCCACCCAGCUCUGAGGGAGAAGGGCCGAGCCAUGCCCCAGCGCACCCUGGACAAGCAGGCGCGGCCUGGACCCAUGCCGGGGGUGCGGCCGCCCAUGGGAGGAGCAGGAGGCAUCGUUCCUCCACCCCAGAGCAAGGGUUCCGGGGCCAUGGGGAUCAUCAUGCCUCUCUACACUGUGGGCAUUGUAGUCUUCUUCGUCUACACCAUCAUGAAGGUCCUGUUCAAGAAGGGACAUGAUGACGACAAGACUCCCAAGCUGAAGGACUUUGGUCUGGACCCCGAGUAUCGAAAAUAUGUGUUUGCCGAGGAGUACCUGGACAACGCAGACGCCUCGACCCGCGACCAGAUCCGGCGGCAGCAGCGGGAGGAUUCCAGGACGGCUCGGAGGAAGUUCCAGCAGGAAAUGCACCCAGGAGCCACAGACACUAAGAUUGGAGCCAGAGGGAGCCGGACCCAGAACAAGAUGAACACUAAUGGAAAGAAACUUGGGGAGUGGUACCUCCCAGAAGGCUUCCUUACCCAGUCUCUGGAUCAAGACUCAGACAGUGAUCUCACUAUUGGUGGUGCCAACAUAAAUGAGUCCCUACAAGAGACUUAUCGUGACCGCCUCCUAGCUGGGCUUAAAAGCAAUGCUCGGGGCUCUGUCUUGUCCAGACAGGAGGAGGCUGAUGUCUUUUCAGGGGCAAGACAAGAGAUAUUAAACCUUUUAGGGACCAAGUAUGGAUUUUACUUGGAACAGCAAGAGGAGGAGGAGCAGCAGUUUGUGAAGGCUGCAUUAGAGGAGCUCAAAGCUGGAAUGUCCUCAAAGAAUGAUGAUUACUACAGUAAACCACCACCACCACUAAGACAAAACACACUGGACCUGUCUGUCCUGAAAGAUGAUUCUGCCUUGGAUGAGAAGGCUGGUGAGAGUGGAUCAGAGACAGAAGAGGACUACCCAAAGAAGGGGCUCCAGGCAAGGAGCAAUACACUUAAUCUUUCAGAGUUUAAAGAACUUGUUGAGUUACAAGAAGAGGACCAGUGCUCUCAGCCAGCAUUUCUGGAGGAGCUGCAGGAAGGUCUGAGGAGGAGGGGACUGAAGUGGACACUGAGUACAGAGGAUGAUUUGAGUCCGACCAAUGAGGAACAAAGUCAGACUGAAACCUCAGAGAAUGUAGUAGAUACACCUCAGGAAUCAGAAAUCACAGCUCCCUCUGAAGAUACUCCCUGUGAAGAAGAGAGUGGUGGACAAGCAAAGACUGACUGUGACAAAAAGGAUGAACAGCUGGACCACCUCCGGCGGCGACUGGAGGAGACGGAGCGGGCCAUGGAGCGGCUUAUGAGUCAGAUGGGCUCAGUGACGGACAAACUGACGGCAGCCAAGAUCACCGAGGUCCUUUCUCAGGCUCAGUUCCAGGCCAAGAUUCUCAAGGCAGAGAUCAGCACCCCAGGUGAGCUCCAGGGGGAGGCCCCUCUUGAAGGGAAGGCUUCCUCUGGGGUGAGCCAGGAUGGUGCUGCCCCAAAGGAGGGUCACACAGAUGUUUCAGCACAGCAAGAGGAGGCCGUCUCUGAAGGCGACAAGGCUGAGGCCCAUGACAUCGCAUCACCACCACCAAAGCACCCUGAGACCCACACCACACCUGCUCAGCCACAGGACACCCAGGACAAGCCAGCACAAGUUGAGAGACCCCCAGCACCUGAGCCCACCAAAGUCACUCCUACCGGUAAGGAGGUCACCUUCAAAUUGCCCUCAGAAUCAUCUUCCACCAGUGCCACAGGAAGUGAGGAAGGCCCCUCAGAGGCCACAGAGACAGGUGCAGAUAUUUCUGACUUUGUCUCCUUUGCAGAAGAAAACCACCAAGAAGAGGUGUGUCAGCCUGCCCAGGUUGUAGUACAGGAAGAUGUACCAGAGGUGGUUUACAAAGCUGCAGAUAUUCCUCAGGAGGCAGCUGUUGGAACAAGCAGCAAAGGUAUAUCCACACAAACUCUGCCAGCAGCUAGCACUGAACACAGCACUCAGACAGAGAAGGAAAGAGAAAUUGCCGUCAUGGGACUGGACACGUCAUUCAAGCGCGAGAAAGACAUCCCUCCUGUACCAGUGGAGGUGCCUGAGAUCCUCCUUGAUGCUCUCCUGCCAUCAGAAACACAGCUUCUUGUCAAGGACACCAAGGACACCAAUGUGGAGAUGGAGAGCAGUGAGGCUGGUGCUGUGCCUUGCAUCGUGACCAGCCAUGUCAGUCUGGCCAUCCUGGGCCUGGAAGGCAGCCAGCCAGGCAUCCCUGCCCCGGUGCAGACCUCCUCCCCCUCUACUACUGACCCAAAGACUGUCACUGCUACCUCCACUCCACAGCAACCCCCAGCACAGCCACCCACCACCAUUCCAGAGCAGCCAGCCACCACCACUCCUGAACAGCCAGCUACUACCACUCCAGAGCAGCCAGCCACCACCACUCCAACACAGCCACCCACCACCAUUCCAGAGCAGCCAGCCACUACCACUCCUGAGCAGCCAGCAAUGGUUGCUCCUCUCUUCACAAGUCCUGCCCCUGUGGUGAGCACCAUCACUGCUACCCAGUUCACCAAAGAGCCCACACCAGAGAGAACUCCUGUAAUCAAGGAAACCCCCAAGGCUGAGGGGGAUGCAGUGAUGAUUGCUCCUCUCUUCACUUCCCCUGCUCCUGUUGUCAGCUCUAUCACUGCUGCCCAGUUCACAAAGGAACCCACGCCAGAGAGGACAGUCGUGACAAAGGAAACUCCAGAUGCUGAGGAAGACUCUACACCAGCUGCUCCUGCUGCUUCAUUCUAUGCCACAGCACUUCCAGCUGUCAGCACUGUUACUGCUGCCCAGUUCAUGAAGGAACCCACUCCUGAGCGAACACCUGUGAUAAAGGAGACCCCAAAAGCUGAAGGUGAUGCUGUAAUGGUUGCCCCACUCUUCACCGGCCCUGUUCCGGUGGUCAGCACCAUCACUGCUGACCAGUUCAUCAAGGAACCCACUCCUGAGAGAACAAGAGUCAUCAAGGAAACUCCCAAGGCUGAGGGUGAUGCAGUGAUGGUUGCUCCACUCUUCACUGGUCCCUCCCCUGUUGUCAGCACCAUCACUGCUGACCAGUUCAUCAAGGAACCCACUCCUGAGAGAACACGAGUCAUUAAGGAAACUCCCAAGGCUGAGGGUGACGCAGUGAUGGUUGCUCCACUCUUCACUGGCCCCUCCCCUGUUGUCAGCACCAUCACUGCUGACCAGUUCAUCAAGGAGCGCACCCCUGAGAGAACAAAAGUGAUCAAGGAAACACCAAAGACGGAAGGCGAUGCAGUGAUGGUCGCUCCAUUUUUCAGUGCCCCGACUGCUGUGGUCAGUACUCUCACUGCUGACCAGUUCACCAAGGAACCCACCCCAGAGAGGACGCUGGUGAUGAAGGAAAAGCCAAGCGCUGAGGACGGCUCAGUACCAGCAGCUCCCCCUGCUGUCCCUCCUGCUGCCGCCGCCAACGCCUCCGAGCCCACACCUCCCACCAAGACUGUGGGUGGGAAGGUGGUGGGGGAGCCUCCUGCCCCCGCUGCAGCCCCCCCUGCUGUGGAGGCCAUGGCGGAGGCCAUUGUGGCCUCUACCACUCGUGCCGCCUUGGAUCAAUUGAAUUCCUUGCAAGAGUCCUCCACGGCCUCCACGGAUGAGUCGUCAGCCUCCACCGUCCUGGACAGGGAAGCUGCCCAGAAGAGGGUGGAGGCUGCCCUCGCUGAGGCCGUGAGGGAGGAGGCGCCCCCCCCAGCUGCCCCAAAGCCUGAGGAGAGUCCUGCCUCAAGCAAAGGCUCCAGCCCAGACAUGGAUGAGUACGAGGUCAUAACUAAAGAUGACAGCACCACCACCACCACAACCUCCACCUCCAUGCCCAGCCAAGAUGCCACCAAAGCCUCUGCUGCCGCUGCCACUCCCGCCACUCAAAAGUCCAGCCCUAAGACCCAGACGCAGCCAACGCCCACCAAGCCACCCGCACCACCUAAGAGCGCGGCAGCUCCAGUCAAGGGUCAGGAAAAGAAAGAAGAGGAAGAAGAGGAGGAGGAGGAGGAAGAGGAGAGUGAAGAGGAAGAAGAGGAGGAGGAGGAGGAGAGUGAGGAAGAAGAGGAAGUUGUAGUCAGAGUUAUAAGAAAAGUAGUCCCUAAAAAGCAAGUGGAGGAAGAAGAGGAAGAGGAGUCAGAAGAGGAGGAGGAGGAGGAGUCAGAAGAAGAAGAAACAACAGAGUCUGAAGUAGUAGUGAAGAAGGCACCAGUCACAACCAAACAAACGGUUGUCAAAACCGUUACAAAGUCUGUUCCAACAGUGCAAAAGAAACAAGAAGAGGAGGAAGAAUCUGAAGAAGAGGAGGAGGAGGAGGAAGAGGAAGAAGAAGAGGAGGAGGAGGAAGAGGAGGAAGAAGAGGAGACAGAGGAGGAGGAAGUCCCCAAAACCAAAACAACAAAGCCUAGCCAAAACCCUAAGAAGUAAUUGGCUCCAUAAUGCAAUACUUUUCCCUCUUAACACAAAAGGCUAGUGGUAGAAUGAGAUAACAUUGAAUUUGGAAGUAUAAGUAGAAUAAGCAAACCCACACACACACACACACACACACACACACACACACACACACACACACACACACACACCACUACCAUAAAAAGCCACCUUCUUUCCCUCUUCAGGAACUCAACUAAGGCAAAUGUGUGGUACAAGCAGAUAGCGAGGUAAUCUAGUGAUGAUUCUGCUGCCAUUCUUGACAUCACAGACUUUGUCCAGUAAUAUUGCCAUUUAAGGAUGCAAGGACUUGGUAACCAUUCAUCUGUUAUUGAUUUAGCCAACUUUUAAAAAUUCUUUCCCUCUAACAUCAUUUUUGAGAAGUGUAAUUGAGUGGAGAGUUCUUAGAUCUUUUUGUGACCUCAGCUAGUCUCAUUCACAUGUAGAAGAGACAAAAAAAUAAUUAAAGAUGCUGUCACCAGUGGAUUGGCCUGCAUAUUUCAGUUAUUCAGUUCUGGUUGUUUGAUGAGGAUUGGCACUCUCUUCAUCUCUUGUUUAUGGUUCUCCUUGGCAUUCCUGUGUUCCUAUUGGACCUUUCCAUGAGUCCUGCAGAGAAUUGAAGGCAGUCUUGUACUUAUCAACACUCUUGUUCUUUUCUUGGGUAACUUAUUCAACUUUAAUCUUCAGCUUUUGUUUCUGCUGCUCCAGUUACUUGCUUCACAUGGAAAUGAGUUGCUGGAUAAUGUUUUGUAAGUAAUCGUGAUGGUUACAGUGGUAUCUGUCCUGGCUCAAGUGCCCAAUAAUUAUGUCCUGUUUUUAUCAGUGUUAGAAAUGGGAUCUGAUUCACUCAUCUCUGAGGGUAGAAGAAGUGGCUUUUUACUGCCCUGUCUACACAAACAGUCCAGACAAUGUGUUAUUAACUGAGUGUGUGUGCAUGUGUUAGCCCUUUUUACUGCUGUGGCUCUUAAGAUUCAAAUAAAGCAAAGAGAAUAGGAGGUUAAUUUUUGUCUUCUGGGUUACAGAACUAUUCAAGAGACUGUAGUACAAAAAUAAGUUUAAAAAUAUGAAUAUGGUUAAAUGUCUUGCUGUGAAAGGGUUAGAAGAGAUGCAUGAGUAUGUGUGACUGUUUUAAAAUCACAAAAGACUUGAACAGUGUCACUUACUAAUGCAGAAUUCAGGUAUAAUUUAAAUUCAAACACACACACACACACACACACACACACACACACACACACACACACACACACACACACACACACACACACACACACACACACACACACACACACACACACACACACACACACACACUGCAGUCAUUGCUUACACUCUUUCUCAUCUUACUCUCGUGACUUUAACUUACCCUUCUGGUCUGUUUCAAAAGGAGUUCUGUAGUUUUGUGUGUUACUUUCUCUCUUCAAGCAGGUAAUCUAUGCAUGAGACACAUGUAGUCAUUCAACUUCUUGCACAGUGCUUCUCUAGAUGAACUCUGAUGAAAGUAAAGAAAAAAAAAAAAAGCUCAGCUAUGUAAGCCAAACACUCCUAUUUCUCCUCCUGUUUCUGUGGCCAGGAUUAUGGUUGAGCGUGGCGAGAAAUGGAUUGAGGAAUGAACAUUGAAAUACUGGGAUGGUUUUGUCCAUUUGAGAGGAUGCAUAUUUUUAUACUUAUUGUUUAUUUGUGCCAACAUUAAUCAGGUUUACUGAGAGACCAACAAAGCCAUGCAGUGCAUCUUACUGAUGACUAAAAGUGCUAUAUUCACACUACUGAUGUGCAAAGUCUUGAGGUUUGUUUGUCAUGCAACAUUUGACAGAAGUGCUCUCAGUAUGUGCAUGACAGAUAAAGGGUUCCAUUUUGUAGUUCAUUGAGUGAGGAGAUUCAGUAGCACUCCUUUAUCCAUAGACACCUUGUAGGAAUUCUUUAGUGUUAGAGAUAACCUCAUAGACAAUAACAGUUCCGUGACAUUACUAAUACAACAGAUUCCACACUCACUGCCUUAACCUUAUUUAACUAUAAAAACUGUAAGAAGUAAGAUACUUCUUAUUCACUAUCAGGAAUCUUGAUGUAUGUUAAUUUCCUCUGACCACCUCCUACAUGAAUGUCAGACUUGUAUGUUUUUUCCCCCAUUUUGCUCUGCUCACUGACUCCUAUAAAUCAAUCCAUAGUUCAGUGUCAGUUGAUAAAGAAUAGGUGAGGAGUGAAAUGGAAAAAAAAUUAUGCUUGUUCAGACGUACACAUGCGCACAGACACACUAAUGGUAUAACUAUCUCCUUGAGGAAGAGAAUGGGGUGUGUGGUUUGUGAAAGGCCUCGCUUUACCCACAGAUUGGAAUACAGAAACUUAGCUCUCAAUGGGAGGCUGAAUCUGGAUAUCUCAAGUCCAACAUGUGAUCCUCAAGACCUAAUGUCUUACACUCACACACACUCUUUUCUCUCUCUCACAAAUGCCUUGACAAUAAUGUAAAAGAAUGUUGUAGGCUGGUCACAUUGUUUGUAAGUAUAAUUAUUUAAGUUGUGCAUUGACCAGGUUGAUUCGUGCAUUUUUCAGAUAAUGGACUGUGUUUUUUCUAGUCAUGUGACAAGGGAAUCAUUGCUGUUUAUCUCAUCUCUGAACCUUGACUUCUAUAACCUUCACUGCAGUUCUUUAUAGGCAUAUCUCACAUAUAUUUUUAAGAUUGCCAGCUUCAUAUCUCACAAGAGCAGAAGAAUGCUGCCGCCACAGUGUGUCUCAAGGACUCAAGAGCAUCACUGAGGCUGCACAUUCUUUGCUUUGUCCCAUUACCACCACAUCCAGGGUGACCUGUGACCUGUGUUACUCCUUCAAACUACUAACUUGUCUCUUGUACAGUUUUCCUUCACUAACUGAGAAUGAAUGUACUGACUGCAUUUUUAAGAAGUAUUUUUUAGCUGUUGGUGAGUAAGUAGGUGUGUUUACUUCUGUAAUAAUUAUGUUGUUUAUGGGCUUUGGGGAUUGGCCAGGAUUUGUGUAGUCAGUCAGCCAUGUCUGAUUGUGUGCUCGCAAACCAUUGCUACAUAGAUGAAAUUUAUAUUCAUGGCCAAAGUGAGGGUAGGUUACAGUGCUUUCCAUGUGUGUGGGAGCUACAGAAGUGAUUAAGUUUCAUUAAUUAUAUCAUUGACAGUGUUGUCACAGCCAAGCAUCUAACCUCCAGUGGCAAGCACUUGAGUUAAUGUUUUUGUAUAUUGAAAGUCCAGCACCACAGUGGGCAGUACAUUGAUGUGUAUCUCUGUUAUAGUGUUUCCCUUUGUAUGGGAGUCCUGUAAUUUACUCUUGUUAUUUAUAUACAUAUAUAUAUCCUAAGAAAGGUAUAUACUGUUACUGGAAUGUUAUUGUGUCAAGUGUGCAUUGGAUUGCUGUAGAGGGGGUGCUGAACACUUGAGGAACCUUUAUCUCUCUAUGUGAACUCCUUUUUAGCAGACUUUAAUCUUUUCUGGGCUGGAACGGAGAUUAUUCAGCAAAGUUAACGACUAGUAGUGUCAGUGUCAGUUAGGGAGAGGAUGAGGAAGAGGAAAACAAGCAGCUGUUAGAAGGGAGACCACACAGUCCAGUGUUAACACAGGCAGUGAUAAGAAACAAAGCAGGUGGUCAAAAGAUAUGAUCUAUUUAUAGCUUCUGUCCUUGCUGUGGAGGCCAGUAUGGGUAGCAGAUAAUACUGAGGAGCAGGAGCCACAUCUGACCUAAGACUGCCUUCCUCCUUCCCUCUACUUGUCCCAAGUGUCCAAGGCUGAUGCGUGCAGUAGUGGUUGGUUGACCAGCAAUAUUAACUAGUCGUGAUUACAUUUAUCCUAGUCAGUAUCUUCUAGUCAUAUUCCUGUGUUCACACAGAAUGAUUUGUGAGUCUCCAUAUUGGGUUAAUAAUAAAAACAUAGGUCUGAAAAAA